AUGGCAGGUCGGGUGGAGCCUCACAGUGCACCGGUGGAAAUGCUGCGUGAUGAUAUUGGUCUGCUGGAAGGCACUAGCGCCUUCGGCUCCUCUCCGAAUAGCACAGCAGCACAAAACCCUUGUGUUGACCAAGCUGUUGAAUUGCUGCAAGAAGCCGCACGAGCUGUAUCCAGUCUUGGUGCAUGCGUUGACAGUAAUGGCGUUGGACUAGUUGGAUGUUUGGAUGCAUCCAAACCAGAGGCUGACGGAGACACGUGCCUCCGCACUAGACGGCAGAUGGCAGAGGAAACUGCAGUACAAGAGUUUCAGCAGUUCGCGGAAUCAGACAUACGCGACAUAGAGGAUCGAGUGACUGAAAUUGAAGCCAUAAUUAGGAACUUGAAAAAGAAAAUUAUGUUGAAUAGCCAGACACUGGAUCGCCUUACGGCCUACCGGCUAGGCACAGUACGAUCCUUAACAUAA